AUGUCGUCUACCCCAUCCCUCUCCUCCAAAGUCAUCCUCAUAACCGGCGCAAACAGCGGCAUAGGAAAAGCCACCGCCCUCUCCCUCGCCACCCUAAACCCAGCACAGAUCUGGAUCGCGGCUCGCAACCUCGCAAAUGGCGAUGCUGCCGUUGCUGAAAUCAAAGCCGCCGCACCGGCCAUCGAUGUUCGAUUCGUAGAAUGCGAUCUAGCGAGUUUUGACUCGGUGGCAAGAGCGGCGAGGGAAGUGGUGGAGGGUUGUGGAGGGAGGUUGGAUGUUUUAAUGUUGAAUGCUGGGAUUAUGGGCGGCCACCCGGGCACUACACCUCAAGGCCAUGAACUGCAAUUCGGGACGAACCACGUCGGUCAUGCCCUCCUCCUCAAGCUCCUCACACCAGCCUUGCUUUCCACUGCCGAAACCACGGUCUCAACACCCCGCGUCGUCUCCGUUAGCUCGCGGGGCCACGCUCACACAGCCGCUCUACCAGCCGGCGGCAUCACGUUCGACACCUUGAAAUCCUCUCAGGCUGACUUGUCAGGCGUAAACAAGUACACGCAAUCCAAGCUCGCUAACGUAGUUUACGCGCGCCAAUACGCAUUGCACUACCCGCAGAUCAUCAGUGUGGCGAUUCAUCCCGGUGACGUUUUGACGGAGAUUUUCAAUAAAGGCGCCGGGGGAGGUGAUGAGCAGAUCAAGUAUCUGGCGCGGGAGGUGGCGCCUAAGAGAUGUGGGUCGCUGGAGGAAGGAAUCAAGAACGGGGUUUGGGCGGCGACUGCAGAAGGCGUGCUGAGUGGACGGUACUAUGAACCUGUGGGUGUGUUGGGUAUGGGGAGUGAGUUGUCCAAGGAUACGGGAUUGGGAGUGAAGUUGUGGGCGUGGACGCAGCGAGAGAUAGAGGGAUGGGAGCUCUAA